AUGAGUAAAACUAUGGGGGAGUGGGAUCGAGGCGGUCGGACGGGGAAAAAUAGCUUCCCGCCUCUCUACGCUUCCAUUCGGGAGCAGAUCAAGAACAACCCUGGCUGCGUGUGUUUGAUCCAAGUGGGAUCAUUCUACGAGCUCUACUUCGAACAGGCAACUGAGUAUGGUCCAAAACUUGGCAUCAAGGUGGCAACAAAACAAACCGCUGACUUCAAUAUUCCCAUGUCGGGAUUUCCCGUUUACCAACUCCAGAAGUUCGUCAAGAUUCUUGUUCAUGAUCACCAAACCAAUGUUGCCAUUGUCGAUCAAAUCUUCGACGCUGCUCUGAACAAGAUCCAUCGUAAGAUCAGCCGCAUUGUCAGUCCCGGUACCUUAGUUGAAGAGUCGUUUAUCAAUUACUCUGAUAAUAAUUACUUAUUGGCGAUCUCGUUCGCCCCGAAUCAGCCAGUAGCUGAGGCCAGCACUCCGGUGGGGUUGGCGUGGACCGAUGUUAGUGUGGGCGAAUUCCACGUCCAGCAUACAACCUUGGGCGACGUCAUGGGCGACAUCGCUCGCAUUUCUCCGGCAGAAGUGAUCUUGAGCGGUGAUCUUGAAAAAGCCGGCAUCGAAGGCCUUGCUCAAUGGUGGGACUCGUUGUCAGGGCUCAAUCAAUACUUUGUUCGGUACCAUAACUCUCAAUACCGAGACCUAAAACUAGCAUUUACCCAGGACCAACAGCGAUUACGCAAGCAUUUGGAACUGUUCAGUGUCAGGGAACUGGCAGCGAUGAAUUUGGCAUUGUCUUACGUCAACGUCAAUUUGCCCGAGAUAGCCCUUGAGCUUGAUAUGCCACACCAGUACUACUCAUCAAAGUACCUCCAGAUGGAUCCUCGUACUCGUGACGCUUUGGAGUUGACGCAUCGCCUGAUUGGCAGUAAACACUCGGUGGUGGGUCUGCUUCUUAAUGUUAUCAAGGAGACAGUGACAGUGUCUGGCUCACGGAUGUUGAACCAAUGGCUUAACUCGCCAGUCACCGAUGUCAAUGAAAUCACACAACGCCAGGAUCACGUUCAGGCGUGGCUCGAUAAUCCAUCACUUCAUCGGCGAGUACGGGCUCAGCUUGUGGGAAUUGGCGACGUCAUGAGACUUGUACAAAAAUUGGUGGUACGCCCUAAUGAUGUGGCUCCAAACUUAAUUAGCAUUGCUGACGCGUUAGUGCAGCUCAACGAAGUCCAGAAACUCGUCGCAUCCAGUGAGUCUAAGGCUCAUCGAAAAUUGGCUGCUGCAAUGACGGUUCCAAUCGAUCUCGCUGAAGAGAUUUUAAAUACCCUUCACGUUGAAGCAGUUGCUGAACCUAGCGACAUCGAGGAAGAGGAAAGUCAUCUCGAGGAUACAAGCUCCGGGCUGUACUCCAACGCGAUAUUUGAAAAGUAUCGUAGAGUCGAUGAAGCGCCUAAGUUUGAGUUUUCAGUCCGUGCCGACUUUGAUGAUGAACUUAUCGCACUCCAUGGCCGUCUUGACGAGCUUAAGCGUCAGGGUGACAAAUAUCUCGAAGAUAUGACUGAGACCUUAACUAGCAUUGAUCCCAAAGUUAGCAUUACCAAACGUGAUGUCCUGGGGCGCCAUUCCAACGUCAUUUACAUCGCAACGAAAGUGAAGCAUUUGUCACUCAUUGAAGACAUGUUUGAGUCCGGCGAGAUUCGAGAGAAACGCAAAACUUCGUUGCUCAUCAAACCUCCGAAGUGGGCUGAAUUGCAAAAGCUUGUUGACGAAACCACUGAGGCGAUUGUUAUCAAGGAACAAAAGAUUUUGAACGAACUCCGUCUUUCAGUCCUGAAGAACGUUGCAAUUAUUCGCGAGGUUGCUCGUCUUGCGGACUAUAUUGAUGUUACAGCCUCGUUUGCCGUACUGGCUCAUCAUCAUAAUUUAAUUCGCCCCAAGUUUACCAAAGCCACCAAGUUGUAUAUUGAAGAUGGCCGUCAUUUGGUUGUGGAAUCGGCCCUUCUGCAAGUCGGGAGGUUAUUUCAUGCCAAUACUACCAAAAUGGGAAAAGCUGACGGGUUGACGUGGGUAGUCUCAGGGCCAAACAUGGGCGGGAAGUCAACUUUUUUGAGACAAAACGCUUUGGCGGUGAUCCUUGCUCAGAUUGGGUGUUACGUCCCCGCUUCGAAGGCUCUGAUGCUGGUGGUCGAUCGCAUUUUCACUCGAAUCGGUGCUCUGGACGACUUAUUCAGCAAUCUUCUGACAUUCAUGGUUGAGAUGGUUGAGACUGCUUCAAUCUUGACAAAUGCUACUCCUAAUUCAUUGGCUGUUGUUGAUGAGAUCGGCAGAGGCACGUCAGGAAAGGAAGGCCUUUCCAUCGCUUACGCCACUCUUGUAUACUUAUUGACGCAGUCGAAAUGUCGAACGCUUUUCGCUACUCAUUUCGGCCCUGAGCUCAAAGAGUUGUUGGACGGGUUCAAUGUCAAUCAAAAUAAUUUAAGGUGGCUUAAGACCAGAAAGAUUGAUCAUCAAUUGGAAUCAGGUAUAAGUCCUCAUUCAGGGGCUUUGGAGGUUGCUAAACAAGCAGGUUUCCCGAAGAAGGCCCUAGAUAUCGCUGAAGAUGCCCUUUCCAAGUUGGCAUUGAAGCGCGGAAGCAUUGGGUGA